AUGAAGUAAAGGAAGACGUAAUCAGGAAACUGAAGAACUGUUGGCCAGGUCUUGUUACAGAGGAUCAAGUCUUCUUUAUGUCAGUUAAAGAUGCUAAAAAAGCGGCGAAAGAUGGAAGAGUAAGUGACGACUUUGUGAACUUCAUGAAUAGCAUGGGAUCCAUGAUCUUCAAGAGUUGUAAGACCAGACUGGAAAUUCACUGGAGAUGGCUUUAUCACUUCCUUUUAUGGAUUUCCUACUGGGCAACCAGUGUUCUGAAAAACAAGGCCCAAGAACGAAUACAAGAAAUUCGUCGUCGCUUGGAUGUUCUUGAAAAACGACAAAGCGAGGAUUUGACUAAUCUUCGCAGACGGAUGGAUGAUACCGUCCAUGAGGCAGUGCUGACACUCACUGCGUAUCUCAAGUCGGAUGGUGUCCGACGCAGAUUUGGUGACUGGACCGAAGAUGAAGUUCGUAAAACAUUUGAGGAAAAAGGGAGUGAUGGGGUCGUUCAGAUUUUUCAGAAGGAGCUGAGAGAUGUUAUAAAUAAAUGGGAAGAAGACCAGUUCAAGAGUACCAAAGAAUCCUUGCUGCAACAAAUUCAGCACACUUUUGAUUGUUUUGAAAGUGAACUCUGCAGUCUGAGAGGCAGUGUAGCAGGUGGUUUUCCCAACGUUCCUGGCAUCGAUCCUUUAUCUGGAGGUGUCAGUUUCCUGGGUCGAGUUUAUGUGAAACUCAGCUGGUUCGUCCACAAGUGGAUCCUCCCUUUCAGUUCGAUCUUUAAACCUGGAUUCCUAUCAUCAGAUUCUCAGUCAUCAUGGAAACAAAUGGAAAGAAGCUAUCAGUGGAGUAGUUCUGACUCAUACGAUGAAGUGAAGCAGCUCAGUGCAAAAUACCUAAGUGCGGCCGCUAAAGAGAGUUUCCUCAAGCCUUUCGUAAAGAGAAGACUACAUGAGGCCGAGCAGUAUCUGAGCCAUAUUGAAACCCUUAUUCUUGAGCAUAUCGAAGCUGAAAAGAGGCUGCUUGUAGAAAUUUCCGAUGAUAGGCGCUCAAAAAGUGCGAUUACAACAACCUACCAACUAAUUCUCAAAGAGGCAUCAGAUAUUCAAGAGAAAGUAGCAUUUUUUGGGCUAAGAGAAGCUGGCACAGCAAACAUCUGCAGUGAGUGGUUGGACUUGAAUCAAGGGUCAUAUAACCUCGUCGCUGGAAAAUUUUCCUCAGUAUACCAGGGAAAGAUGACAAGGCAUGGAGAAACACAAACUGUGGCAUUGAGGGUCUUCCGAGAAGUCCGCCUCGCCAAACAUGCAAGCCGUGUCAUUCAGGAGGCAAAUCAAUUGAGUAAACUCAAUCACCCCCAUCUUGUCAAGUUUUAUGGUACUGCUGUCGUCAAUGAAAAAGACGAUAUAAAGGCAAUCUUGGUGAUGGAGUUGUGCAAAGGAAACCUGGAAAACUACUUCAAAUCUCACCGAAUAUUACGCCCUCGAUUACCUCCUAAUCGAGAACACGUACGUCAAGCUUUCAAGUGGAUGAUAGAAAUAUGUUCUGCUCUUGACUACAUACACAACAAGAAAGUUGUCCACUGGGAUCUUAAGCUAGAGAAGAUCUUGUUAUCAGAAGACAACACGGUGAAACUAUACGAUGUCAGCGUUUGUAAAGAAGCAGAUUCCACCAAAGGGAAGUUCAAGGGAACUCCUCGAUGUAUGGCACCUGAAGUCCUCCGUUUCGAGUUGAAUGAUUUCAAGGCAGACAUCUACAGCUUUGGAAUCAUGCUAUGGGAGAUCUGGUUUGGACAACGAGCAUUUGAUGCUGAUCGUCAACACGACAAUCAACUUUUCAUCAACUUGGUUAGUGCAGGGGGUCGUCCAAGAGAAUAUAGCUGGUUUGGGAAGCCUCCACCCCUCUGGAAAGAGCUCAUGGAAGAGUGCUGGCAUGGAGACCCAGAAAAACGUCCGACAGCAAAGGAAUGUGAACAAAUAGUAACCAAACUUUCUAAUGAAUGGAGUGGUUAA